CCGGGGUCUGCCCCCAGCGCAGCGGCUGAGCGGGGCACAGGGCUGGGGCUGGGCCAGGGGCUGCUGGCCCGACCAGCGAGCAGUUUUGGAGGAAAUGCUGAGCGCGCCUUUCAUUUUUAUUUUUAUUAAAUAAACUAGUUCGCUUCCAUGCGUGACUUCAUUUCCAUGCGGCAGCUUGUUUCCCGGGUCGGCUGUCGUGCUUUUAAGCGCCGAGAAAGAGACAAUCCGGAGAAUGGAAGGACACACGGGGCUCCCUGCCGAGCUACCAGCCCCGCGGCUCGGGGGCCGCCCCCCGGCCGGCACAAGGCGGCAGCGGCCCGGGGGGAGCCGGGCCCGCCAGCCCCGGUCGCGCCGCCCCGGCAGGCCGCGGAGGGGAAGGGCCGGGCGGAGCCGCCUCAGGCAGCCGCGGGCAGCCGAGUCCUGCGGGCGCUCCGCCACGUCGGAUGUCCCCGGGGAGGUGGCCGCUGCUCCCGGCCGGGAGCAGGCGGGCGUUGCUCGCGGGGCUGGCUGCUAUUUUCUGCAUUGAAGCAAUCCUGGGGCAAAAAGUGUGUCCUAAGGCAAUGGAAAACUAUGUGGCGUCGAUGGUGCUGAGUGCAGUUGGUGACACGCUGGGCUAUUACAAUGGGCGGUGGGAGUUCCUGCAGAGUGGCCCAGCCAUCCACAAGGAGCUGGCAGAGAUGGGGGGACUCGGUAACUUCAGCAUCCAAGGUUGGAAAGUCAGUGAUGAUACAGUGAUGCACUUGGCCACGGCCGAAGCCCUGGUAGCUGCUGGGAAAAACCCCAGUUUAGCACAUCUCUAUUCCCUGAUUGCCAAGAACUACAAGGAGUGCAUGAAUGACAUGAAGGGCAGAGCUCCAGGUGCCGCGUGUACGGAAAACGCACUGAAGCUGGAUCCAGGGCGGGCGGAUGGCUGGAGGAUCCCAUUCAGCCCCCGGGAGGGAGGCUGCGGGGCUGCCAUGCGCUCCAUGUGCAUUGGGCUACGUUUCUGCCACCCUGCUGAGCUGGACACCCUGGUACAAGUCAGCAUCGAAAGCGGCCGAAUGACUCACCACCAUCCCACUGGCUACCUCGGGUCCCUGGCAUCAGCCCUCUUCACGGCUUUUGCAGUGAACAGCGUGCCCCCCCCGGCCUGGGGGAAGGGGCUGCUGGAGGUGCUGCCACGGGCGAAAGCCUAUGUGCGGGACACUGGCUUCUUCGUGGAGGAGAACAUGGGGCAAUGGCAUUACUUCGAAGAGCAAUGGAAAAAAUACCUGGCAGGGCGAGGCAUAUCGGAUGGGGUCUCGCCGCCCACCUUCCCUCCCAAGUAUGGUGUGGAAGAGAGAGACUCAUUCUACACUUCCCUCAGCUAUGAUGGCUGGGGGGGCAGCAGCGGGCACGAUGCCCCCAUGAUCGCUUACGACGCGCUGCUGGGUGCAGGGGACUCCUGGACAGAGCUGGCUCACCGGGCAUUCUUCCACGGGGGAGACAGUGACUCCACUGCUGCCAUUGCAGCCUGCUGGUGGGGGGCCAUGCACGGCUUCCAGGGGGUCCACGCCUCCCUCUAUGCCCACCUGGAGUACAGAGACCGUCUGGAGCAGGUGGCCAAGGACUUGUACCACAUUGCCUAGGCAGGGGGUGGCAGGCCCCCCCUGGGGCGUGCUUACCCCACCUGCCACCCCUCACUUCCUCAAGGUUUUGCAGAUUUGGUUUGCAAACCUGCUGGAUUAAAGUGUGCAAGCGUAGCCAGA